UUCUCCUUUGGCAAUUGUUUGGUUUUCAAAUUGCUUAAUACUAUUAUAUUUAGAUUUGGGAGAGCAAAGAGAAGGCUUAUGAAGAAUCAUACAUGGCUCGCUCUCUAAUGUAAUACAUAUAUAUAUAUAUAUAUAUAUCCAUAUCUCUUUCUCUCUAUAUAUAUUAAUUAGUCGUCCUUGGGAAUCAAGAAGAUUGAUCGAUGUUAGCUCUCUCUCCAGCGACGAACUCGAACUCGAACUCGAACUCGACGAGAGAAGCUUGCGAUGGAGAGUCAUCAGAGUUCCUUGCUACGUCUUCGUGUGGAUUCACGAUCGAUCCGGAGGAGGACUUUCCGGAUUUCGCUGACCACGGUGAUCUCCUCGACAUCAUCGACUUCGACGAUCUGUUCGGCGUCGCCGGAGAUGUGCUUCCUGACUUGGAGAUCGACCCUGAGAUCUUAGCCGGAGAUUUCACCGAUCACACGAACGCUUCAUCGACGAUUACUACGACGUCGUCGUCGGAGAAGACUGAUAGUCUAGGGGAGACUUAUAACAUUAAGGGUGUUUCGGGGAAAGGUGAAGAAGUCGUCAGCAAGAGAGACGAUGACGAGACUGCAGCUGUGGCGGAGACGGUGAACUACGACGGUGACAAUGCCCGGAAAAGGAAAUAUUCCUCUUCCAGGAACAAUCGGAUGAUCACUACUAACAACGAUGGGAAGCGAAAAGUAAAGGUGGAUUGGACAGCAGAGCUACACAGGAGAUUCGUGGAGGCAGUGGAACAGUUGGGAGUGGAGAAAGCUGUGCCUUCUCGAAUUCUCGAGCUUAUGGGAGUCCACUGUCUCACUCGUCACAACGUCGCUAGUCAUCUCCAAAAAUAUAGGUCUCAUCGGAAACAUUUGCUAGCUCGUGAGGCCGAAGCGGCUAAUUGGACACGCAAACGCCACAUCUACGGCGGCUUAGACACUACCGGAGGAGCUGGUAAUAUUAUUAAUGGUCGGAAUAAAAAUGGUUGGCUCGCACCGGCACCCACUCUCGGUUUUCCACCUCCACCGCACGUGGCUGUCACGCCGCCACCUGUCCACAACCUUCAUUUUAGACCGUUGCACGUGUGGGGACAUCCCACGGUUGACCACUCCGUCAUGCCACACGUUUGGCCCAAACACUUACCUCCACCGUCUACUGCCAUGGCUACUCCUCCUCCGUUUUGGGUCUCGGAUUCUCCCUAUUGGCCUAGGAUUCAUAGCGGGACGGCUCCGUAUUUGCCGACUGUUGCUACGAGGUUUAGAGCACCGCCGGUUGCCGGGAUUCCACAGGCUCUGCAUCCGCAUCACACAAUGUACAAACCAGAUCAGCAUGGCUUCAGUAGUGCUCGUGCUCCGGUUGACUUACAUCCGUCAAAAGAGAGUGUCGAUGCAGCCAUAGGAGAUGUAUUGACGAGGCCAUGGCUGCCACUUCCGCUGGGAUUGAAGCCACCGGCUGUUGACGGCGUUAUGACGGAGCUUCACCGUCACGGUGUCUCUGAGGUUCCUCCAACCACUUCUUGUGCCUGAAACGGACAAGCACCUGCAUGGAGGCAAGCCCAACCAAAAAAAUUCGACGACAUGUCUUUCAUUGUAUCUUUUUUUUUGUUUUUCAAGGGUUGUUUUUCUGUUUGGCCCUUGUUGAGUGUUGAGACCUUAGGGUCUAUUUUCUUGAUCUUCCCAUGUAACUAAUAAGGAGCCAUUUUCAUAUAUUGGGUGCUACUGCUACGUACACUCUCCAUAACGCAAAUAAAUGACAUACAUCCUCCACUUGAUGGUUUAUUCA